AUGUCUGUGUAUAGUUCAACCGAGUCACAGAAUAUUCGAAUCUAUCUAUCUAUCGCAGCUUAUCCUCAUCUAUCUAUCUAUCUAUCUAUCUAUCUAUCUAUCUAUCUAUCUCAUUCUGCUCAUAUCUAUCUAUCUAUCUAUCUAUCUAUCUAUCUAUCUAUCAGUCUGUUCAUAUCUAUCUAUCUAUCUAUCUAUCUAUCUCAUUCUGCUCAUAUCUAUCUAUCUAUCUAUCUAUCUAUCUAUCUAUCUAUCUAUCUCAUUCUGUUCAUAUCUAUCUAUCUAUCUCUGUUCAUAUCUAUCUAUUUAUCUAUCUCAGUCUGUUCACAUCUAUCUAUCUAUCUAUCUAUCGAAGACUGUUCAUAUCUAUCUAUCUAUCUAUCUAUCUAUCUAUCUGUCUGUCUGUCUGUCUCAGCCAUCCCUUUGGCUCUAUCCCCUCCUUCUUUCACCCAGUCCACUUAA